AUGAGCGGUUACCGAAAGUGUAACAUCUAUCGUGGUGAGGGCCACUUUGCUAGAGAUUGUCCUACAGUCAGAAGCACUGGACCACAGAUACACCGUGCUGGGAGAUCUGUUCAGAGGGGUGGUGCUGGACCACAGGCUACCGGCCGAGUUUAUGCUUUGACUGGAGUAGAGGCAGUUAACUCAAGUACCCUCAUCGUCGGCUAUUGUUUGUUAUUUGGUAUGUCUUGUGUGGUGUUGUUUGAUUCGGGGGCGACGCAUUCCUUUGUGUCUGAGGCUUACGUGGAGAGAUUGGGUUUGGUAGUCGGGAAGGUUCAGUGUGAUCUGGUGGUUUCUACACCAGCAUCUGGGUUGGUCAAGACGUCUACAGUAUGUUCUAGAUGUCCUACUGAGGUUGAGGGGCAUAGGUUCAGAGUGAACCUUAUCUGCUUGCCUUUACAAGGGCUAGAGGUAAUCUUGGGAAUGGAUUGGCUGUCUGCCAAUCGCAUCCUCAUAGACUGUGGUAACAAGGAGUUGAUAUUUCCUAGCGAAGAUGAAGAUAUGUCCUUGCCAAUAGGCGUGUUGAGGCAAGACAUAAUGGAAGGCGCGAGUUGUUUCUUGGUGAUGUCGCAUAUGGAAGCAACUCGGGAGUCAGAUCAUUUGUCUCACGAGAAUCAGAGUGUAGACCUUUUAGUCGUGAAUGACUUCAUGGAUGUUUUUCCUGAAGAAGUUCCUGGUUUACCUCCUCCGCGAGAAGUGGAGUUCUCCAUUGAUCUGGUCUCAGGAGUAGGGCCAGUAUCUAUAGCCCCUUAUCGGAUGGUCUCAGGAGUAGGGCCAAAGACUACGUUCAGGUCCAGAUAUGGCCACUAUGAGUAUGUAGUCAUGCCUUUUGGUGUGACUAAUGCUCCAGCCAUUUUCAUGGACUAUAUGAAUCGAAUUUUCAGACUCUUCUUGGACAAGUGUGUGGUUGUCUUUAUCGAUGACAUACUUGUCUAUUCUAAGACUCAGGAAGAGCAUGAAGAUCACCUUAGGGCAGUGCUUGGAUACUGA